AUGUUUCGAUAUGUGGUCGUGGGUCCUACUGCGCGUACUCGCUGUGAUGAUGGUGAGUCCUUCACUUCAUAUGUGCCUGUACCGCCUAUCAGUGAACGUACUUCCACAGGUGAACCAAUUGGUGCUCGUAGCGCCAAACGCGGCGGGAAACCCGGGAGUACAACAGCCGACGACGACAGAUCCACCUACGACGGAGGAACCCUCAACGGAAGAACCAACAACAGAGGAGCCGACGACAACAGAAACGACUACUACGACUGCAGCUCCUCAGCCCAACAACCGGAUCUGUCCCAGCCAACUCUGGAAUGGUUGACGCUACGAGGGGGAAGACUCGCAAGAGGAGAAGUUAGG